UAAUAAAUUACUUUACAUUGUCCGUUUCAAUCAGUUUAAUCUCUUUGGUGGAAAGAAGUUUCACGGCAGCGUUUUUCUCUCAAAUUUGCUUGAGCGGCACGGUAAUGUGCUCACUCGCCUAUCAACUAACCUAUACAUCCCCGAUCGAAAGUCCCUUCGAAUACUUCUUCUACUGCAUUUACAUCGUGUGCAUUGUUACACAGAUUUUCCUGCCUUGUUUCUUCGGCAAUGAAGUAAUAUUCACUGGCAGUUCUCUGUCCAAUUGCGCCUAUUCAUCCGAAUGGUAUUCAUUCUCAUUGAACUAUCGAAAAGUGUUGUUCGUUUUUCUGGAGCGUUUGAAAAGAAAGAGCGAAAUUAUGGCAGGGAAACUGUUCAAUUUGAGUUUGGAUACGUUCACAUCGAUUGUUCAUUUCUCCUACCGAUUGUAUACCGUCAUUGGUAGCAGAUAAAUUAUUUGAUCGGACCAAAGAAUGCUCACACUUCUGGCGUAGGCCACCAUUUCUUUAGCA